UUGGAAAAGAAACUUCUCCCAAUUCAAUACCUCUCUCUCUCUCUCUCUCUCUCUCUCUAGUCUCUACCCUACUAUUCACUAUCAAAGAAGGUGGUCGUCGGCUUAUUCUGUAGAAUACGAUGUCGCUGAGGCCGGACGCUAGGGCGGAGGUGAGGCGGAGCCGCUACAAGGUGGCGGUGGACGCCGAUGAGGGCCGGAGAAGGAGGGGGGACAACAUGGUGGAGAUCCGGAAGAGCAAGCGCGAGGAGAGUUUGCUUAAGAAGCGUAGGGAAGGCCUCCAGCCGCAGCCGUUCGCACCGUCGCUUCAGUCCUCCGCGCUCGAGAAGAAGUUGGAGAGUCUUCCUGCUAUGAUUGCUGGCAUCUGGUCAGAGGAUAACAACUUGCAGCUUGAAGCAACUACACAAUUUCGCAAAUUACUAUCAAUUGAAAGAAGCCCUCCUAUUGAAGAGGUUAUCCAAUCUGGUGUUGUUCCUCGGUUUGUUCAGUUCCUCAUGAGAGAGGACUUCCCUCAGCUUCAGUUUGAGGCUGCUUGGGCACUGACUAAUAUUGCCUCUGGUACAUCAGAAAACACCAGGGUAGUCAUUAAUCAUGAUGCUGUGCCGAUUUUUGUGAAGCUUCUAGGUUCACCCAGUGACGAUGUCCGUGAACAGGCUGUUUGGGCGUUGGGGAAUGUUGCCGGUGAUUCUCCUAAAUGCCGUGACCUUGUCCUUAACAAUGGGGCCCUGAUCCCCUUGUUGGCUCAGUUGAAGGGCUCUACUAAGCUGUCAAUGCUGAGAAAUGCCACCUGGACUUUGUCAAACUUCUGCAGAGGCAAGCCACAACCUCCCUUUGAGCAGGUAAGACCGGCAAUUCCAGCCCUUGAGUGUCUUAUUUACUCAGACGAUGAAGAGGUACUUACUGAUGCAUGCUGGGCUCUUUCAUACCUAUCGGAUGGUACAAAUGACAAAAUUCAAGCUGUGAUUGAGACUGGUCUAUGUCGACGCCUUCUUGAUCUCCUCCUCCAUCCUUCUCCUUCAGUGCUUAUCCCUGCCCUCCGUACUGUUGGAAAUAUUGUGACUGGCGAUGAUGUUCAAACUCAGUCGAUCAUCGAGCAUGGUGCACUUCCUUCACUAUUAAGCUUGUUGACUCACCAUCACAAAAAGAGCAUCAAGAAAGAAGCCUGUUGGACAAUUUCAAACAUCACUGCUGGAAACAGAGAACAAAUACAGGCUGUAAUAGAUGCUGGCUUGAUAGGUCCCUUAGUCAAUCUACUUCAGACUGCCGAAUUCGAUAUAAAGAAAGAGGCUGCAUGGGCUAUAUCAAACGCUACGUCUGGAGGAACCAAUGAGCAAAUCAUGUACUUGGUCAGUCAGAACUGUAUUAAACCUUUAUGUGAUCUUUUGAUCUGCCCCGAUCCAAGAAUCGUGACUGUUUGUUUGGAGGGUCUGGAAAACAUACUGAAAGUUGGGGGAGCCUAUGGAGAUGUCAAUCAUUUUGCCCAGUUAAUUGAUGAAGCAGAAGGGCUAGAAAAGAUUGAGAAUUUGCAGAGUCAUGACAACAACGAAAUCUACGAGAAGGCUGUAAAGAUACUUGAGUCCUAUUGGCUAGAGGAGGACGAGACUUUACCUGCUGCUGCUGCUGACGAAAGCCAGACCGGAUUCAACUUUGGAGGAAAUGGCCUUCAAGUACCACCUGGUGGAUUCAGUUUCAACUGAAGGGGUAUUAUGGUCAAAAGUACAGAUAUGUGGUAAAUGGCCACUCAAUGGAAUGAAAGUCUACGUCUACGAAUUGCCACCGAAAUUCAACUCCGACUGGCUAGCAAACGAGCGGUGCAGCAACCAUCUAUUCGCGGCGGAGGUGACCAUCCACCGAGCCUUGUUGAGCAGUGAUAUUCGCACAUUCGAGCCAUGGGAGGCCGACUUUUUCUUCGUCCCCGUUUACAUCUCCUGCAACUUCAGCACCGUCAAUGGCUUCCCCGCCAUCGGCCACACCAUUGUGUGAGAUGAAUGAAGCAGUGAACGUAUGAGGUAUAUGAAAGCAGCGAUAACGGCCAAGCCACCGACGAUAGCUGCAACGAUUAUGAGAACUAGUAAUUUAAUCUCAAUAGGUGUCACAAUAGGCAUUUUUUAUUUGUUUUUCUGAAUACUGAAUUGAAGAGGGAGAGAGAAUGACUGAGUUUGUGUUUUAAUGAAGUAAAUUAUAGUGUUUUGAAACAA